AUGACGGUUUUCCUACCUUUGGUCCUUCUAUCUGCAAAUAUACUUCUGGCCCGUGGAACCGACAUUGAAGGACUAAUUGUUCCACCUCUAGGUGCUCAUUCUAACUGGGCCGUUGAUACGAAGAUCCGUGUUGAUGGCAGUAAAUACUUAGGCUUUGUUAAGCCCGAUGGGAAUUUUGUGGUUUCGGAUGUACCUCCGGGCUCCUAUCUUGUUGAAUUCACUAAUCCCGCCUAUCUAAUCCAGCCUGUCCGGGUCGACAUCAACUCAAAAGGCAAAAUUCGUGCAAGAAGUGUCAAUGUUUUGCAAACAAAUGCUGUUAAGGCCGUCGCUUAUCCCCUUCGUAUUACAACAGUUGGUAAAGCACUUUUUUUCCAGCCCCGUGAGCAGUUGCGCACCUUAGACCUGCUCUUGAAUCCUACCGUCUUGUUAAUGGUUGUACCAUUACUCCUGGUGAUGGUUCUUCCAAAGCUAAUGGACACCAACGACCCAGAAUUCAAAGAAAUGCAAAAGACGAGUCUUUUCGGUGGACGAAACAAAGAGGCAACAGAAAUAAGCGAUGCAAGUUUCUUUUUGCACAGAAAUUUCACACCUUUAUGGUAG